CGCGUUUGACAGCUGAUUUGCAACAUCCAGAAACGUCAAGUUUGUUUGUUUACCUUUUGCAGACGAACAAAUCGCUUCGUAAAAACUCAAUGCAAAUAACCGAACCAGUGCAAUUAAUUUUUGUCAUUAAACGUCUACUAACAAUGCUACCAAUUCAAGUUCGAAAAGUUAUCUGAAAAUGAACAUUGCCAUGUUAGAAACUAUCAUAAACAGUGCAUCUGCGUCGGUUUGUAGGCUAUGCCUCAGUUACGACGCUUCUGAAUACGUUUCCCUUGAUGCAAAUGAAUCUGACUCACUCGUGGCAAUUAUCAACAAAUGUACCGGAAUAAAGGUUCGUGGAAAGAUAAACAACAUCGCAAACAAAAUAUGCAACGAUUGCCGGAAUGUUGUGGUCAAAUUUAACCAACUGCGAGAAAGGUGUCUGGCGUCGGAUAAAAUUCUGCUCGAUCUAUGUAGGAAAAGGAAUAGAUUAACACCCAAGUUGUUAUCCAGCAUGCCGUCCUUAGCAAAGGGAUACUAUGGCGAGCACGAACAGCAAGAAACAUUCACACCAACAGAAACAAAUGCCAAUAUUAUUAUCGUUCAAUCAACGAGCACCGAAGCGAUCGUUCCCGAAACAGAUGAAAUGCUUAGCACAGAUUCACACAAGCAAGUAGACCUUGGACCCAAGGACAAUCGAGAGGUUGAUGCACCAACACUGGUAUGCUGUGGUUGUAAUCCUUCACCAGAGUUCAACACCACAGCAGAACUAACAGUCCACUGUGAUAACCAUCACAAAAAGUACCGUGUCUCAGAUGGUUCAAUUCGACCCUUCGAAUGCAACAUUUGUUUUGAACGGUUUUUAACACCAUCGCUGCUGAAACACCAUCAAACACGUCCCUACCGGAAACGGGUACACAUUUGCAGGUCCUGUGGGUCGGCUUAUUUCACGAACUCUGCCUUGAACCGGCACGAAAAGGUGUGCACUGUAGUUGAUAAGAACUAUACCUGCGAAGAGUGCGGCAAACGGUUCCGCCAAAUCAUUACGCUGAAGAACCACCGCAAACUGCAUCAAGCGGAAAAAAUAUUCGCAUGUCCCGUGUGUGGCAAAACGUUUAAGCAAAAGUUUGAAAUCACCAUCCACAUGGUAACACACACCGGGGAACAGCCUUAUCCUUGUGAUCAGUGUCCGGCUAGGUUCAAGCGGAAACAAGCACUGAAAAAUCACCAAAAUCGCCAUCAGAAUCCGCGUCCAUUCAAAUGUGAAUCAUGCGAUGAAUGGUUCGGUAAUCCAACGGCUCGCAAAUUUCAUCGACUUACUGUACACGAAGGGCUUGAUCCGUUCCGAUGCGACCAGUGCGGUGUGAGCUAUGGGCGCAGAUUACGACUUACGCAGCACAUGAAGAAAGUACACGGAGAAGUGGGCUAACAAAAACAUUCAUUUUAUGAGAGAUAAUUCUAAGUUAACAUAAACAUGUUUUGUGGAUCUUGAUAUUGAGUAGAUUUAGUACAAUCAUAGGACCACAUUUCAUUAGCUGAUGAAGUAAUAGGUUUAUUUUCUUUAUAAUGUACAACGUGGACAUUUUUAUCGCAAUUUUAACUAUAUCUUAUUCCUUUCCUGGUAGGGUUUUCAGGGUUCCUAGUAGUUUUAAGUUUUGUUUUGUUAAAAUGUUCUCCAAAAGUCAUAUGAAUUGAUGCUAGAUGGCGAACUGCUGGUGCUGAUAUUAAUUAAUCAAACAGUUGUAGAUAGCCAAGUGGCAAAUAGUGUUUUAAGUGCCAUGGAUAAAAAAGUGGCAUAUUUAUACUAAAAAAAAUCAUAAUAAUUUAAAUUAUUUAGUGCAUGUAAUGUUUGGAAUUAUUAACAAAACCGUGUAAGUUAAAAUUAAAAAAAAGAAGUUUUCUACCUUUUUUUGCCAAUAAAAAAAACAUAAAAAUUGCUUUUUGAACCAUCAUCAUCUAUUUUAGGAUUGAUCUUCGAUAAAUCCUUUAAAGUUGUAAAACGCCUUUAAAAACAUUACAAUACAUGGAUAAACAUGAAGCUGAAUUAACUCUAUGUUACCAGUCGAAAUAUUUUCCUGAAUUUUCUAAAGCUAUUCUUUGGCUUGAAGAUAAUUGGAAACCAAAGCUACUUUUUUACAAACAUGCCAAGUAUAUAUGUAUGACUCCUGAUUGCAUUGAAUAAAAUUUCUAACUAACAUACACAAACCAAUAAAUAAAUUACAAAAGAAAACAAUAAAAACUCUUUCCAUUCUAUGUCCGUAUUAUGGUUUAAGUUACGGAAAAUAGGCAAAAAAUUAACAAUGCAUGUGUCAAUUAGCAUUCAUCGCCGAAUUCGUUCAAGAUCAAUUAAAAUCAUUCCACCAAUACAAAAAUUC